AUGUCUAAAUUUGAGGAGUUCUUUCCUAAUGAUUAUAUCCAUCUUCUAUUAGCUGCUUUUUGUGCAGAUGAAACAGGGAAGAAAGGGGGAAAAUGCCCUUUAUAAAAAAAUUAGGCUGUAAAGUUUAAAUAAGAGACUGGCAUCUAUAAAUUUAUGAAAACAGAAAAGAAUGUGGAUUUGAAUAAAUAUUUAUAAUAAUGGAUUAUAUCUGAAAUUUUUGAUGAUGAUUAGACAGGUUAUUUAGGCUUAUUAUUAGAAAAUUAAAAAAAUAAAUAAUUAGUAUUAUCACAUAGAUCCACUAAUUUUUAAUUAUCUCUCAAUUCAAACAUUUUCAAAGAAUCAGGUUUAUAAUGUGAUAUUAUGUCAGUUGUAUUAGGCACUUUUACAAAUCACUAAUAAUAAGCAUAUUAGUCAACUCAAAAAGCUGUCGAAAAAGCUAAGUAAUUAAACUAUUCGUUAUCAUUUUGUGGUCAUUCUUUAGGAGCCUGGUUAGCCGAAUUAAGUGUCUAUUAUUGUCAUUCAAAAUUUAAUGAACCUUUUCCAAAUACUAAAGCAGUGACUUUUGAUGGACCAGGCAGUUUUGAAAUGAUGUAGCUUAUGGAUCAAAACAAUGUAAAAGGUUAAUCUUAGUAAUUCUAUCCAGAAUAACUUGAUAUUGUGUAUUAUUUAUCCAUUCCAAAUAUGGUUAAUUGUAUGAAUUCUCAUAUUGGAAUUGGAUAUAGAUUAUACAAAGAGAAUUAUUAUAAGCUAUAGCUUCCUAUAUUAAAAUCCUUUUAGUCAUAUUUAGAUGCAUUCUUAUCAAUAUAAGGACAUCAACUUGAAAUGAUUAUUCCUUUAUUUGAUCCAUAAACUGGUAAACCAAAACAGGAGACAUACUUUAAAAUUAUAAAAUGGCCAUCAAUUAAGUAUUAACAAAGUAAUUAAGGAAAUAUGAGAAAUUUGAGUGAAAUGCUUCGUAUAUUUUCAAAUAUAUGUUGUCCUGAAAUCCUAUUGAAACUCAUUUUCCGAAUUGGAGUUAAGUUAUCUUGUUACAUAACAUGUUGUUCAACCAUUAUUGGAUUUGUAGAACUACUUCAAGGAAAUAUUGAUCUAAAUCAAUAUUUUUAAGUUCAUGAAAUAUUAUUAAAAACAAAGAAAUAUGACCCUUAGGUGAAAAAUGAGGAAGAAUUUGAUUUAGAAAUAAAGGGAGGUUACUAGAUUAUUACACCUAAUGACUAUGAAAAAGCAAUAAAAAAUUCAAAAUAAAUUGAUAGUAUUGACGAGCAUCUUAUUAAUUUAAAGAAAAAUUCUAAUCAAAUUGUCGCUUCAUCAUGUAGUAGAGAAUUGAAAUAAAUUUUAAUAUCGAUUUCAAAUGUUUAUUAAUAUAGAAAGCAAGUUUUUAACUAAUGCAUUGAAAUUAAGCCUGAAUUUAGAGAUAAAAUAACUAUUAAUUUAUUAAGAGAUUAAAUAAGAAUGAUAACACGAGAUAGAAUACAAGAUUUUGAAGUCUUUUUGAAUGAGGAUCCUAACUAUACUAAUAAAAUAUUACCAUGCUUUUUCAAUAGAAUAUUUGUUUACCAAGAACGAUGGAUUUAGAGAGAAGAAUUAAAAGAGAUUGAAAACCUAUUUUCUUAAUAAAAUGUUGUAGUAAUAACUGGACCUUCUAAAUUUGGAAAGACCGCAUUAGCAUAUUAAUAUGCAAAAAAAAUAAAAGAUUAAUGUAAGGCAAUUGUGUUUCCAUUUAAUGCUGAAAACAAAUCAACUUUGCGUGAGGAUCUUCUGUAUUAUCAUCGUUAUUUCAUCAAGUACCUAAUGAAACCUAUUCAUAUGAAUAAUUAUUGAAUGAUAUUUUUGCUGAUAUGUAAAAUAUCAAUUAAGAAAUAAUUAUCAUAUUAGAUAAUUUAUAAAAUCUUGAAUUAAGUUAAGCCUUCAUUGCUUAAUGGAAAUAAUACUUCCAAAUAAUAAUAACAACUGUCAAUAAUCAAAUAUUUAGUUAAACUCAAUAUUAGAUUGUCAAAAUUUCAGCAAUGACUGAAUAAGAAUGUCUCAAAUAUAUUGAUAAAGCCAUUCCUUAGAAAAAAUUGGAUGAUCAAUAAAAGAAGAUGUUAAUUAAUCUAUCUAAUUGCAUUCCUUUCCGUCUUGAUCUCUAUAUUGAUCUAUUAAUCGAUCCCAAGAAUUGUUUGUAAACAAAUGACGAAAGAUUGAAAUAUAUAAAAUAGAACAAUGAUUGUAAGUAUUUGAUAUAACAAAUUAAAGAUGAAUAUUCUAAGAAAAUAAUGAAUUAUAUCUCAUGGUUAAAUCCAAGUAACAUUGAAUAACGAUUAAUAUAAUAAUUAUUGUCAAAUCAUGAAUCCCCUAAGGAAAAUGAAAUAAAUCAGAGUUUAAUAAAACUUGCAGAGCAAGGAUUCAUUAGUAUCCUGGAAAAUAGAUGUAUCAUGAUAGACAAGGUUGUUCAAUCGGAAUUUAGAAGACAAUAGUAAACUUCACAAUUAAUAUAAGAAAUCUUAUUGUUUUUUUACAAAGAGUUGCCCAAUAUAGAAUAUGAAAAACAUAACUCACAAGAUAUUUAAAAAGCACGCAUUUAUCAUCUUCAUGCAAAAUACAUGAUAACACUUAUUGCAAAAAAAUAAUCUUUUAGUUAAUUCUUAUAAAAUAAUAAUUUAGAUCUAUUUAACUAUGCAACUAUUAUUACUUUAAAAUUAAGUAUUAUUUAUUAGUUUAUAAUCAGAGAUUAUUAGUCCUGCCAAUAUUAUUUGGACCUUUUUUGUGAUUAAUAUUUUCAAGCAAUGAAAAUGAAACAACCAUUUAAUCUCGAAGCACUCACUAUCGCAAUUAUCAACAAAACGAAAUUAUUUUUGACAAUUAAUAAAAAGAAAGAAGCCCUUGAAAAUGCUUAGUUAUUUUAAAUUAUUGAAAACGAAUUUAUUAAUAUACUUCCUUCUAUCAAAGCAUAAAUUUAUUAUUCGAUUGCAAUUGUAUAUUAGUAAUAUUAAUUAUAUGAUUACUCUAAUAAUCAAUUAGAAAUCUCAAGUAAAUUAUGUUGUUCAAAGCAAGGAGAAGAAGAUCUAAUGAGUCAAAAAAUAUUAAUGGCAUAAGCAGAGAAUUAUUAAUUCUAAAAAUAAUAUAAUGAAGCUGUCAAAUUAUAUAAAUAACUCAGCUAAAAUUUGAAAAUAUUAAAAGAUAAAAAUAAUCUGAUAGAUGUUGACAUACUCUAAGCCAAAUUAUAUUUUUAAUUAGGGAGAAUAUCUAGCAAAAAAAAAUAAAAUCCUGAAAGAACAAUAGAUUAUUUCAACUUAGCUAUAACAAUUUUGGCUGAGAAAUCUAAAAAUAAAGAGUCUCUUGAGAUGGCAGAAUUAUAUUUUAACCUUGGAUUAGUAUAAAAAAAAAUGAAGAUAUAUAAAGAAUCUUUGCGUGCACUUCAGGAUGCAUAUUAACUAAAAAGAAAAAUUAUUGGUGAUAUUUAACAUGAUACAUUUGCUGAAAUUUCUUAUUAAAUAGGGCUUUUAAUGAUUGAAACUAAUUAAAUAGAUGAAGCAAUACUUGAGUUUUAAAAAGCAAAAACUCUUAUGGAUAGCUCAGAUAAUUAUAAGUUAAAAUUCAAAAUUGAUUUCUAAGUAGCAUUAAUAUAAAAAUUGAAUGGCUAAAAGUUUUACUACAUCAAAUUUUUAGAAGAAUUGAUAAAUAAAAAGAGGCUUCAUUAUGCAUAUAUUAAUACUUCAAUUAAGAAGGAUAUAUAGUAAUUGGCUGAUGCAUAUGCUGAAUUGUUUAAGGAUGAUGCAAAAUAAACAAUAUUAUAUUAGUUGCUUUACUUCAUUACGAUUUUACACGAAACUAAAUUUUAAUAUUACCAACAAAAAAAUCCAAUAGCUGAUUAAUAAGAGUAAGCAAAGUUCUAAGUUAAUUAUAAAAAUAGCAAUGUUAAAUGGCUUAAGGAUUAGCAUUCUUAAGAAAUAAUCAAAAGGUUUGACAAAAAUUUCUUUAACACAGAAUAAACAAGAACCCUAAUUAUUAGAGGCGGAAUAAUAAAUGAAGAGGAAUUUUAAAUCAAAGAAUAACUCCAAGCAUCUACUCUGAAUUAGAUUAGAUAAUAUACCCUCGAAGGGAAGUGGAAUACAAGUAUCAUAACUGGAUUCGCACUAAAUUCAGUCAGUGAUUUCAUUAGUAGAAAACAUUUAAAAAAUUAAUUAAAGGAGAAAUUGCAUUAAAACUAGAAUUUCAAAAUAGUUCUGAUGUUUUGUUUUGAAGCAAUCAAUAUUGGAAUAGUAUAAUCAAAUUUUGUUAAUAUCGGAUUUGCCAAUAAAUUUAUUACUAAGAUAAAUAAAUAUGAAAAUAUGUAAAAUUUCUUAGAAGAUGUUAUAUAAUAGCAUCCAGAAUAUUUUAUUGAUGGGAAAAUUCUAAAAUCGUUAACUAAUGAUUAAAAUGUCUUAAUAGCUAAUUUAGGGGAGGAAGAAAAAUUAAUCACAUCUGAUAAAGAAGUAAGUAGAAUUAUUUUGACUAUGUGUUGA